AUGAGCCAGCCCAUGCAGCUCGUGAAUCGACGCUUGUAUUCAGGGAGUGCAGACCGGACGGUGAAAUGCUGGCUGGCCGACACCGGGGAGCGGGUUUGGACGUUCAAGGCUCACAAACACAGCGUCAGCACUUUGAAGUACCAUGCUGGGAUAUUGUUUACAGGAAGCGGAGAUGCCUGCGUGCGCGCUUUUAAUACGAAAACCGGUAUUCUGCAGAGAGUGUUCCGAGGGCACAAGCUGGUUAUCAACUGCAUCCAGAUCCACAAUGAACUAUUGUACACGGCUUCCCACGACGGCACGCUCAGGAUCUGGGAUGUACGGCCACUCUGCAAGCGGGGCAAGCGGCGCGGGAAGAAGGAGAGGUCCCUCCAGGGCAGGAGCCCCCAGCGGGGAAGCCUCUCCCGCCUCUUCAACAACAAAGUGGGCUGCGUGGUGCACCGAGAAGGUGGCGGGGAGCAGGAGGCCGUGGAGCUCAUGUGA